GCCAAUCAGGAGUCUGUUUGCCAGUUCAUGUCGUUCUCAAGCAGUGAGCUCAAUCAUCUCAUUUGGAAAUAUCUUCAUGAGACAGGGAUGGUACAUUCUGCUUUCGUCUUCGGUGAAGAAUCACAAGCGGCCAACUCUAACUUGGUUGACUCCGAAGUACCAACAGGAGCACUUGUUAGCAUAGUGCAGGUCACACUCAUGUUGUACUCGUUGCUUGCUUCCUUCUCAAGUUUCCGUGAAAUUGUAAUCACUUACGUUCAUUUAGAAGAGACAGUGGAGGAGCAAUGUAAGGAGUUAGGAAAGGGAGGAGAUGGAGAAGGUAAGUGUAGGGUGAACUCGGCUGCGAAUCUUGCGUGUGAUUUCCGUGGUGGAUAG